GGGCCGGAGGUCAGCGCUGGGGCGAUGCGGCUGUCGGCGGCGCGGGCCGUUUCCCACGGGCGGGUGUUCCGCCGCCUGGGCCUCGGCCCCGAGUCCCGGAUCAAUCUGCUGCGCAACCUGCUCACCGGGCUGGUGCGGCACGAGCGCAUCGAGACCACGUGGGCGCGCGCCGAUGAGCUGCAGGGCUACGCCGAGCGGAUCAUCGACUAUGGGAAGCUUGGAGACACCAACGAGAAAGCCAUGCGCAUGGCCGACUUCUGGCUGACGGAGAAGGACCUGAUCCCGAAGCUGUUCCAGACUUUAGCACCCCGCUUCCGGGACCAGCAGGGAAACUACACGCUUCUCCAGCGCAUCCCCAACCGCAGCAACCUGGACCGUGCCAAGAUGGCCGUGAUCGAGUACCGCGGAAACGCUCUACCCCCGCUGCCGCUGCCCCGCAAGGAUGUGAACGGCACCCUCCUGAACCAGCUGCUGUGGGGGUACCGCCAGGAUCUGGCUGAUGCCAAAUCCAGCCCCGGGGGACCCCCGGGACCCUAGACACAUGAGCCCUGACCCCAACUCCUUCCCCAGCACCACGGAUGGUGGUGUCCGGACCACCUUUCAGCGAGGUUUUACCGACUGAUUGCACCCGGCCCCAGGAGUUCUAGUCAUCCACUCCGACUGCUCCACGAGGGGCUUUAAAGCCCAAAGCUCACCCCUGUGGCCCUGGUUCUGUAGCGUGGUGGGAAGCAAGAGGGACAGGAGUCUGGAAGAGGCAUGUGAAAGACCCAUGACCCCCCUCACCCAAUAAAGACUGGUUGAUGGUGAAACGCUC